AUGCUUUUUUCCUCUCUUGCUCUCGCGGCCUUCUCGUUAGGCGCAGCCGCCAAAAGUCACACCGGCUCAUCCCCUCACUAUGAUUUUGUCGUCGUCGGCGGAGGCACCAGUGGUUUGGUUGUUGCCAACAGGCUUUCGGAACUGAAGGAUGUCACUGUGGCCGUCAUUGAGGCCGGUGAAUCAGCAUUGAACAACUUCAAUGUGUCUAAUGUCAUGGGCUACAGCACGGCAUUCGGGACGGAGGUGGACUGGGCCUACCAAACCGAGAACCAGACAUAUGCAGGAGGCUUGCAGCAGACUAUCCGUGCCGGAAAGGCACUUGGAGGUACAAGCACAAUCAAUGGUAAGUCAUUCUUUCUUUCCCUUACAAACACAAGGUAG